AUGAUGAGAGCUCAAGCAGCGGCGGAAGAGCCUGAAGCAGGCCCUUCGACCGGUCCGCACCAUAUGCGUAUCUCUACCGGGGGAAGUAUAGCCAGCUACGUCAAGUUCGCCCUAGACUUUCUGCAAAAUAACCCCUCUCGGGCUCUCAUACUACACACACGACCACAUCCGCCAUCCACCACUGGCACCACCACCGCAGCCCCCCAGGCGCGCUCGACUUCAACUCUCCAACCCUGCACCCUCUCCGUGCCCCGCUUGAUCUCCGUCGCCGAGCUCGUCAAGCGGGAAUACAUGGCUAUCCUCAAUAAGUCAGGGAAGGGGAAAGGGAGACAUAGAGGGGUGGGGAUAUGGCAGUAUACCAAGAGUGGGCUGGUGGAUCCGGCGGAAGUGGGGUUGGCGGUGCAGGAGGGAGAUGGCCAGCUGGCGAGGGUCUUGGAGGGGAAGAUGAAACCUAAGAUGACGCACUACCCAUACCUCGAAAUCACACUCUCAACGCGUUCACUGGGCUUGGAGAAGGAGACGGAUACAAGCUGCCAGUAUCUCCUCGCUACGCGGCAUCGGGCUGGAAGGGCGCCAAAAGGCGACCCUGGGGAUGAUGAGGACGAUGGGAUGGCAGAAGAGAAUGGCGGAUAUGGGCGAGGUGGUAUCGAGAGAGUCGUUGACAGAGAAGGGCGGGACCGGCGGGGUGAAGGGGAAGAAACGCAAGUCGAAGGCUCUGGAUGA